AUGGAGGGAGUACACCUGACUCUGUUCAGCGAGGACCCGAAGAUCAGAGAGGCGCUCGCAGUCGAGUUGACAGCUGAUCGCUUUGUGUCCAGAAAUAAGUUGAAGAAGGCAUCAAGGAUGCAGAAGAAGGCAGGCGGCAAGGACGGCAAGGAGAUCAAGAUCAUCAUCAAGUCGACGGCGGCAUCUGGUCGCUUCACGAGGAAGGAGAUGGAGGGGCUGUGCAACGGCGGCAACACGUCUAUCGCAAGAGUCAAGAGAGUCUUGUUGGAGAUCGCUAACAGGCUCGAGAUCAACGUUGAAGGCAUCGACAUGGAGGAGGAUUUGAACACCAAGUCCUGGAACGGGUCCAAGCUAUGCAUCCUCCUCGGCUCCACGGAGGAUGCUCGAUGCAUGAUGAAGGAGCUGCCCUUCUAUCUCGAAGGCGCAGCAACCAAGCUCGAAGCAGUCGGCUUCGACAAGGAGCCUGACUCUGAGGCGGCUGGUCAGCGGGGCACCAGCGACGCAGCGCAGCGACAGGAGGAGAGCGAGGGAGAGUGGCUGGAGUUUACAGACCUGGAGAGGAUCACAAUGGAGGCAGCAUCUCCGUCAAGCCAAGAGGACAUGCAGCUCGUCAGCGAGCUGUCAGCAGUCAUCGAAGAUGCAGCUUCUUUGAACGAGGCAGGGACGAGCGAGCCGAUCAAGCUGUAUGAUGAAAAUGUUCGCAACCUGCUGUAUCGGAGAUCAUGCCAAUACACGCAGAGCGGACUUGUGGAUGCCUCUGUCCUCGAAGCUGAUCUCGUCGAGAGGGUGAAGAGCUUCGCGAAGCGUUAUCCGAACAGCAGGACAGCCCAGGCUUGCAAGGCUGUGGAGGGAUGCACCCCCGACGCUAUCGCAGAAGCCAUCCGCUCGACAUGUCAGCAGGCACGACGUGAGCUUCUCCAAGAAGCGAUGACUGGAUGGAGUGACGCAUCCAGAGAGUGGUUUAUGCAGCAGAUUGAAGAAGCCAAGAAGGAGAAGGUCGAGACAUACACCGCCUCAGCAGGCAACGAGGUGACUUCCUUCAUCUCCAUGACUCUCCUGGGCAUCUCCUCGGUGUAUGUCAACCAUGAAGAAAAGCUGAAGAAGAAAUUCGAAGAGAUCGGACUGAUCGUAGACUCAGUGCAAGAGAGUAAAGCAAUCAUGUGGAAGGCUCCGUAUAGACCCGAGAUAGCGAGUGCUGAGGAGAUCCCGGUGA